ACGUGUCACCAUUUAGCAAUCACCAUCAGCUACUUCACUCCUAAUAUCUACAAAUUUUGAAGCCAAAAGCCACACAGCAGAAAUCAAAGGAGGUCGGAAAUUUCCAGAAGACGUAGACAGCGCAAUGGCGACCUCAAUGAUGACUUCAGUGAGCUUGAAUCCGUCUCCCUUCACGGUCGAGAAAGCGACGGUGAGAGGCGUUCCCUCUCUUGCCCGGAGCAGGCCUAACACUUUCAAGAUCGAGGCUAGCGGGAAGAAGAUCAGAACUGACAAACCUUAUGGAAUAAACGGUGGCAUGAGUUUGAGAGACGGCCUCGACGCAUCCGGAAGGAAAGGCAAGGGAAAGGGUGUUUACCAAUUUGUUGACAAAUAUGGAGCUAAUGUUGAUGGAUACAGUCCUAUCUACAAUGAAAAUGACUGGUCUCCAAGCGGUGAUGUUUAUGUUGGGGGCCCAACUGGUUUGGCAAUUUGGGCUAUUACCCUUGCUGGCCUUCUUGCAGGCGGUGCUCUCCUUGUUUACAACACAAGUGCUUUGGCACAGUAGAUUGCUGCAACUUUAACCUUGUAACUUGUAAUGUGCUACUGUCUUAAUUAUCUACAUAAGAUACUCUGGACAUCCUUAGCUGUAAUGUUUCGCCUUGGUGUGAAUGAUGCUCUUUGGUAGCUUUUAAUUUGCUUUGCGUCACAGGCCGGCUCUAUGUUUAGCCGAAGAAUAGCGUUGAUGGAACUUAUCAUAUGUUCAUGGUGUAAUGUUAAUUUGUCAUCUCUCUUGUUUUUCUGGUUAGGUUGUGUUUAUCAUGAGAUGCACAAGGACGCACACAUAUAAAUGUAUUUAAGCAUG